AUGGGUGAUAUACUGCGGCAGUGUCAGGGUGAGGGAUGGCCAUAUUUGCCUGUCUGGCCUGAGCCGUCAACAACAAAAAGUGCGUGGGUGCUCGGUGGGCUCUUGGACGCCUGGCCUCGCCACCACCGCCCCUGUGGCCUGGCUUGGCUGCGCCUGGCACACCUGCCCCCCGGGAGGAUAUCAUACAAACCGAACUUGACUGCGCACAUGCCCGCCGCUGCCCUCAAUGCUGCUGGGAGUGUCCACUCACCUUCUAUCAGUAUGGCAACAUCCUCACAGUAUCGACAGCUGCUGAGUGACUACGGGCCACCAUCCCUAGGCUACAGCCAGGGAACUGGGAAUAGCCAGGUGCCUCAAAGCAAGUACGUAGAGCUGCUGGCCAUCAUUGAAGAGCUGGGGAAAGAGAUCAGACCCACCUAUGCAGGGAGCAAGAGUGCAAUGGAACGGCUGAAGUGUGGAAUCAUUCAUGCUAGAGGAUUGGUUCGAGAGUGCUUGGCUGAAACGGAAUGGAAUGCCAGAUCCUAGCCGCUUUUUUGGUUUUAACCGUGUUCCAUCUUUUUACAAGACGAGAAGUUGCAGUUCAUCUCUCCUGUUCAAAUGAAACUUUUGUUUUCAAA